AUUACUUUUUUAAUUGCUUUGCUCGCUAAAUUGAAAUAUUACCAAGCUUUGUAUUAUUACGGGAGGGUACUUCUUAGAAUACUGAAAUAGUUAGUCCACAAUUUCUGAAGGUUUAGUGUCUACAAAUGAGAAAUCUUAUCCGCGGUAUUCCGUUUUUUACUUCUUGGGGCUUUGAAUUUCAAAAGGAUGGCACCACUUCGAUGUGUACAUUUAAUUAAAAUCAUAGGUAUUUACCAAAUUGUUCAUAUUUUAACAAUAGGUAGACUAAAUACUACAAAGCAUUUGUUAAAAAAAAUGACGGUUAUUGCUGGAGGCCACGGCGAACUCAAUCCUAAUAGUAGUUGGCUGGGAGCUCGUGGUACGUGGUUGGCAUAUUUUUUGGGAGUUUUAUCGGCUCACUUAAUAUUAUUAUCGGUGCCCUUUAUAACAAUACCAAUGGCUUGGACGUUAACUAAUCUAACGCAUAACGCGGCUCAUUUGUAUUUUCUGCAUAUAAUAAAAGGGGCUCCUUGGUAUUCAAUUGAAAAUGAUACCAGGCGUCGUUUAACACAUUGGGAACAAAUAGAUGACGGGGAACAAUUUACAGCGACACGCAAAUUUCUGACAGCUGUACCAAUUGUUUUGUUCUUGCUUACCUGUUUAUAUACUCGUAAUGAUAAUGAGCAUUUUAUUGCCAAUUUUAUCUCAUUGGUUAUUGUUACGCUACCGAAAUUACCGCAGUUCCAUGGUGUGCGUUUAUUUAAUAUUAACAAAUAUUAAAAAAAAUUAUAAUCAACGGAAUAUAAACAAAUGCGAAAAAUAUGAGCUAAGCAGUAUCAGUAUAAUUAAGUUAUGCCGCAAAACAUUUUUGUCAAAAAGAUAUUUUUGUGCGUUUUUGUUGUGUGCGAAUUGUUACCUGUUUUUAUAUAUUAUUCAAAUUUGUAUGGUUUUAUUAUAGCAACUAUUGCAGUUUGAUUUUUGAAUUUUAAUCUCGGUUUUAAAGCCGAAGCUUUUCUAAUUAAAGUAAACAAGAAAAUUUGAUAAUUUUAUUAAAAAUUAAUUAAAGUUCAUAACUGAUUAAUUUUAAGAAAGUUUGCAAAUCAGCCCGAAGAAUUGCUACUAACAUACAGAAAUGAUUAUUCCUGUGACGUCAACAUUUUUAAUCGUCAUAAAUAAUAUAGCAGGAUUAUUAACUGUUAAAAUUUUCUACGAAACAUUUUCUUCGUUAUUAUAAUUAUCAUUAUUAACGAUUUUGCCGGAGAAAUUCAUUCUUAGACUAAACUCUUAAAGCACUAGUAUUUAUAUUGAAAUUUUUUGGAAUCUUACGGUUUCGUGUCGUUUUCGUAUACUUAUGGUAUAUAGGAGUCGUGUUUCUGGAAGUCUUGUGCCACACCAAGAAUUUCUUUUUUUGUAAAUAAAAUUUACUUUGUGGCGCAUUGACUGUUACAAAGUUUAGCACGGCUAUUUUAGGUUAACUACCGUCUAAAGCUAUGGGCUUUAAUGAGAACUCUACCGCACUAGAGAGAUUUGAAACCACAUUGAGUUGUUAGUCGACAGCCUUUGCCUACUAAAGCGAAUUAUUUUUCUUUAUUACUUUCCAUAUAUAUCUAUAUAGCAUUAAUUGUUUUUGAUCGCAGUCGUGACCACAUAGGAAGCGUCGGCCGAAUCACUGAUCAAAUAUGUAAAAGUAUGAUUCAAAAUAUAUCGAAACGCUCUCAUUGUUAGUUCCCUAGGCUGUAAAAUGUGUUGCACUUCCAAAACCAUAUAUAGUCCAUUUUUAUUUUCGACUUGGAUCGCAUACCGAUCAUCGCACCGAAAAAAUUUUAUUAUUGUAAACAGGUCACCGCUUACAGAAGUGCUUACCCUGUUAUUGAGAUGGAUUUGGUACAGUCUUUUUGAGACGUCAUGAAACGACUAGAUUCCGUUUACUGACUAUCGCCGAAUAACCAGAUAAGGACCUAACACAAUAAAGCCUUUUUUUCGGGUUAAAAAUUCCCAAGCUGUUAACAUAAUGGGCAGGUGCGCUACCAUAUUGUUUCGCAGGAAAAUGUAAACAAAAACAUGCAUUUAGAACCAAAAAUUAAGAUAUCAACGUA